CCCUCGUCAUAAUCUCCAGUUCUUAGCCCACAAAAGACACAGAUACAAUUUUCCCAACUGCCAAAAACAGUUGGGAUUCUCUAAAUUAGAGGAGAAAACAAUGAGAAUUCUAAGAUGGAUCAAAACUCUUUUUUUCUUGAUCACCAUGUUAAUAUCUCUACUCUUAUUCUCAGCACCAAUUUUUCUAGCCAUUGCCGAUGCCCUUAUACCAUCGAUCCUGUUCUCGGUUUCUUUUUCUUCCUCACUACUAACCCACCAAACCCUUUCUUCGUAUCUAAACAACUAUGACUAUCGGUACUCACUCGUUGAUAUUCCUAUCAUAUCCAUUGUUCGAUCGGCUAUUAUAUUAUGUGUCUAUAGUUUUUGUGAUGGUCCAAAGCUUUCAAGAGGUCCCUAUUUGGGAAUUGCUACCGCGUGUUCGGUUUCGUCGUUGGUGUUUGUAUCGUUGAAGGCUUCGUAUGUGUUUAGCAGCAAUUCGAGGAUCGAUGGAGGACCAUCUGAUCGAGCUACAGAAGUGGCUUUGUUCGUUUGCUCAUUGGCUAUGGCCAUGGCGCAUGUAGGUGCAGCGUACCGGAUUAGUUGCAGAGAAAGAAGAAAGCUUCUUGUUUACAGAAUUGAUAUUGAAGCUGUAUCCGCAUGGAAGAAUGGAUUUCCAAGAUAUCAAAAAAUAAUCCAAAAAGGAUUGGACAAGUGCAAUUCCUAGUUUCAGGCUUUUUACAGGUUUAUGCAAUGGGGAUUUGUAGCUUGAUGGUGAAAGAGUUAGUGAUACACAGAUGUAGUAGAAUAGUAAAAAAAAAAAAAGUCCCAUUUUUGUAGUUAUAGAGUUUACAUACAAAUAUAUAGGUUAAUUUUUAUUUUUCUCAGUACAGAGGCUGUCAUAGAAGUAGUCACCACCAUUUUGUGCCCCCCAAAAUGUCUAUAUAUUGUUUCAUUACUUGCAAUGAGUACAAGAAUUGCAAUAGGUGUUUCCAAUAAUCUACUCUUUUGAGUCGAGUCUUGGAGUUCAUUGUUGUCAAUUUUAUCCCGUAAGUGGACGGAUCGUAACAAGUAGUAAAGUAAACUUUUUGAGU